CAGCGCUGCCCAGAGCAAAGCGCCUCACAACAAGCCAAGGUAGCAGAGCUGUGAGGGGAUAGCACGGCUGACGGCCAACGGAGUUUCAUAUGCCAUCAAUACCAGAAGAUUUAGAAAACUGGCACCACCUAAAACUUAGUGCAGACUGAUUUUAUUUUUCCUGAAUAUCUGAUCAUUGAGAAUUUAAACUGCAAAACUGCUGGGAGGUAUUUUUAUAACCUCCACUUGAAGCGAACAACAAGAUUGUCUGGUAUGUAAACUGCACUUUACCAUCAUUAUGAUGAACCAGGAGAAGUGGGCUAAUCUUAGUCCUUCAGAGUUCUCUCAGCUUCAGAAGUAUGCAGAAUAUUCUACAAAGAAAAUUAAGGAUGUUUUAGAAGAAUUCCAUGGUAAUGGUGUACUAGCAAAGUACAAUCCUGAAGGGAAGCAAGAUAUUCUUAAACAAACAAUUGACUUAGAAGGAUUCAAGUUAUUUAUGAAGACUUUCCUAGAAGCUGACCUACCAGAAGAAUUUUGUGAACAUCUCUUUACCUCAUUUGGCAACAAAAUCCCUUAUAGUAGUCCUUUGGUGAAGAAUAAGCCUCCACUCCUUCCAGGAGGUUUGCGAAUUACUAAAAGCAUGACUGCGUCCCGACCUCCAGCCUCCACUUUACACAUGCCAGAAGUAAUCCAGUUGAAAGAUAUUGUUUGUUACCUUUCCCUUCUUGAAAGAGGAAGACCUGAAGACAAGCUAGAAUUUACGUUUCGCUUGUAUGACACAGAUGGGAAUGGUUACCUGGACAAUUCGGAGCUGGAAAACAUCAUCACUCAGAUGAUGCAUGUUGCAGAAUAUCUUGAAUGGGAUAUCACUGAACUCAGUCCAAUUCUUCAUGAAAUGAUGGAAGAAAUUGACUAUGACCAUGAUGGUACUGUUUCCUUGGAAGAAUGGAUCCAGGGGGGAAUGACGACAAUCCCACUCUUAGUGUUGCUCGGAUUAGAAAAUAAUGUGAAGGAUGACGGGCAGCAUGUAUGGAGACUGAAACACUUCAAUAAGCCUGCCUACUGUAAUCUUUGCUUGAACAUGCUAAUAGGAGUAGGCAAGCAGGGCCUCUCUUGUUCAUUCUGUAAGUACACAGUCCAUGAGCGUUGUGUUUCGAGAGCACCAGCUUCUUGUAUCAAAACAUAUGUGAAAUCCAAAAAGAAUGCUGAGGUCAUGCAUCACUUCUGGGUAGAAGGAAAUUGCCCAACAAAAUGUGAUAAGUGUCACAAAACUAUAAAAUGUUACCAAGGAUUGACUGGGCUACAUUGUGUCUGGUGUCAGAUCACAUUGCAUAACAAAUGUGCUUCACACCUAAAACCUGAAUGUGAUUGUGGCUCUCUGAAGGAACAUAUUCUACCACCCACCUCUAUCUGCCCAGUAGUAUUGGAACGGCAAGCAACUAUGAAAAAAGAAAAAGAUGGUUCUCAGCAAACAAACAAACAAAGUGAUCGCAACAAGAUGCAGAGAGCAAAUUCUGUCACUGUAGAUGGACAAGGUCUUCAGAUUACACCUCCUCAAGGUACUCAUCCGCUUCUAGUUUUUGUCAACCCUAAAAGUGGUGGAAAACAAGGAGAAAGAAUUUACAGAAAGUUUCAGUAUCUUUUGAAUCCUCGUCAGGUUUAUAGCCUUGCUGGAAAUGGACCAAUGCCAGGAUUAAAUUUUUUUCGAGAUGUUUCUGACUUUCGAGUAUUGGCAUGUGGUGGAGAUGGAACUGUGGGAUGGAUUUUGGACUGCAUAGAAAAAGCAAGUUUGAUUAAGCAUCCUCCGGUUGCUAUUCUGCCCCUUGGAACUGGGAACGACUUAGCCAGGUGUCUGAGAUGGGGAGGAGGAUAUGAAGGUGAGAAUCUUCUGAAGAUCUUAAAAGAUAUUGAAAACAGCACAGAAAUAUUGCUCGACAGGUGGAAAUUUGAGGUCAUACCUAACGAUAAAGAUGAAAAAGGAGAUCCAGUGCCUUACAGCAUCAUCAAUAAUUACUUUUCAAUUGGAGUGGAUGCUUCAAUUGCUCACAGAUUUCACAUUAUGCGAGAAAAGCAUCCAGAGAAGUUCAAUAGCAGAAUGAAGAAUAAAUUUUGGUAUUUCGAAUUUGGCACUUCUGAAACUUUCUCAGCUACCUGCAAGAAGCUACAUGAAUCUAUAGACAUAGAAUGUGAUGGAAUUCAGGUAGACUUAAACAACAUUUCCCUGGAAGGGAUUGCCAUUUUGAACAUCCCAAGCAUGCAUGGAGGAUCAAAUCUUUGGGGUGAGACCAAGAAAAGGCGAAGCCAUCGUCGAUUUGAAAAGAACAGGUCAGAUAAAAGAACCACUGUUACCGAUGCUAAGGAACUGAAGUUUGCAUGCCAAGAUCUUAGUGAUCAGCUGGUGGAAGUGGUUGGUCUAGAGGGAGCCAUGGAGAUGGGUCAGAUAUACACUGGACUGAAAAGUGCUGGAAGACGUCUUGCUCAAUGUACAUCUGUUAUCAUCAGGACUAGCAAGUCUCUGCCUAUGCAGAUUGAUGGGGAGCCAUGGAUGCAAACACCUUGUACAAUAAAAAUUACCCACAAGAAUCAAGCUCCAAUACUGAUGGGCCCGCCUCCCAAAACUGGCCUCUUCUCUUCCAUCAUUAAAAGGACAAGGAACCGCAGCAAAGAAUAAGCUUCUUUAGUUAAAUCCUUACAAAAUCAAAUUAGCAGGCAUUUGGAAUAUGUAUGCUGGAAACCUUUCAAGGGUUUUGCAAUGUUCUCUACUGCAUAAUCAUGGAAGCUGGAAUAACAGUUUCUGUGACUGAUCUAAUGUAAAAUGAUGCUAUUAGAAU